CAAUGAAAGAAGGUAAAAAUAAUUUAAAUAAUUCAAUUAAAGAUUAUUUAAACAAUAGAAAUAUUCUAAGCGAUCUACAAGUAUUAAUUGAUGAUCGAAAUAUAUCAGUAGAUGCAAAUAUAUCUUCUAAACCUGUGAAAGAAUGGACUAAAGAAGAUAUUCAAAAUUGGUCAAAAAAAGUCAAAGAUAAUAAAUUAUUAUUCAACAAGCAACAAGUUCAAGAUGCAAUUGUUGUUGUUAGUCAAGAGUUUAAACAUGAUUUAUUCAACGUUAAACAAUCCAUUGAAAAAGAAUUGCAAUUUUGA